GGGGUGCUGGCGUCAUCAUACGCCUUCUUACUCAACCCUCAAUUUGGGCGGUUACCUACCAACCCUCGUCUGUCUAAAAGCGGAAAGCUCGAAUCUCGACUAACACUCCUUGAUCUGUUUAGAACUUGUAGUUUUAUAGAGAAAAAAAGGCUGCUGUCUUCUGUGUUUUACAGCCAAAAUGGCAACAGUCACAACCACAACAACAACCACCUCAGGUCCAUCUUUGGGAAUAUCAAUUGAUAGAGGUUAUGUCAACACCCUGUUUGGACGGUUCAAUAUCUUGAUGUUGGCUAUCAAUGCCAUUUGUUUCAUUUGUGUUGCUGCACAACCGUGGAGUGCUUAUAUUCCUCCUCAAGGAUGGUUUUACUUUGUCUGUGUCACGGGUUUCUGGUCAGCUCUCAUUGAGCUUUUCUUAGGACUGUGUCGGAUUCAGGAUAGGAUGGUUAGAGUAGUGCCAUGGAAACUAGGUUUGUUGAUCUUUUGUGCUCUAUGGUCGUUUUUCUACCUGACGGCCGCUAGUGCUGUCACACAUUAUGCUGUCAACUAUUCAAAUAAAGAUGGUUGGUAUGCUGGGACGGUAUUUGGAUUUAUUGCAACAAUCAUUUAUGGUAUUGUUGCUUAUUACCGACUUCUUGAUUGGAAGGGAGUAAGCCCUGUUAGCGUCAGCCAACCAGCCUAAUUCUUUCGAGAAUCAGUUCAAGCACGAAUCUUAAUUUGCUGUCAUCACGCGUUCAAAUUCUCGGUAACACCCUUCGAUCUGAUGUGGUUGAACACUAAUUUAUAUCACCACAAGCUGGACCUGCUUUUGUUUGCUUUGGACCAUUAAAAUUAAAUAGUUCUAAAUGUUUUUGAGUUUCUGUUACACUUUUGCAUUUUUGUUUCGUAUGCGAUGUUGUGCCUUCUGCAAUUUGCCUUCUAUUGAAUUUUAAAAAGACAAUACUUUUUGUUUGAUUUUUCCCGGUCGAUUGGCAUCCUGGCAGAAAGUGAUGCAUCCAACUUUGAAAUGAUCCAACAACUAAUGUUCUAUCUAUUUUUUUCGUUCUAACACAUGUCCCCAAUAUCACUUCGUUCAAAGAGCAUUAAUAAUACAAAAGAGGUUUAGAAAAUGUGAA